AUGGCUAGAUGGCAAAUCUUGCUCUCUGAGUUUGAUAUCGUAUACGUAAGUCAAAAGGCCAUCAAAAGGAGUGCGGUAGUAGAUUUCUUGGCUAGCAGAGCUCUAGAAGAGAAUGAGCCUCUAGACUUUGAUUUCCCGAAUGAAGAUUUGAUGUAUGUGGCAAAUGCUGAAAAGGAUCCCCAAGAGAAUCAUUCUUGGAGAUUAAACUUUGACGAAGCAUCGAAUGCACUAGCUUGUAUCAUGGGAAUACGGGCAGCCAUAAAUCGGAAAAUCAAGACAUUAGAGGUGUACGGAGACUCAACAUUGGUAAUAUACCAGCUAAGAGGGGAAUGGGAGACGAGAGACCCUAAAUUGAUCCGUUACCGGAGAUUGGUUUUUGAAUUGAUCGAAGAGUUUGACAGCAUUACCUUCUGUUAUCUCCCACGAGAAGAAAGUCAAAUGGCGGAUGCUCUUGCUACUUUAGCUUCCAUGAUUAAAGUGAAUCAAUUAGAUGACAUGAAGCCCAUUCAAAUUAGUAUUUAUGAGAUCCCAGCCCACUGUUACAAUAUUGAAGAAGUGGAAAAGGAUGAUAGUCCUUGCUUACAUCAUCAUGAUUUCCACGUUGCCAAACUUUUUGUUGGCAUGUGGAUUGCCUUUCUUUCAGCUUGCUAUCUUUGUUGA